AUGUUGUCCCUUUCCGAUUUACUACACAAUAUUAAACUCAUCAAGACAGAAGUUGAAGAGAUCAAUGAAAAAGUGGAAGCAGAAGAGAUCAGGGAGAAGAAGGCAGAGGUAGAGGGGAUCAAGGACGAGGCAGAGUUAGGAGUGAUUGCUACUCCAAUGAUCGAAGAAGUUCUGCCUGUUCUCAACGAUCAAGAAAAAGAUGUAUUUGAUAGACUCAGAAGUGAAGACUACUCUGGCCAGAACAGUGAUACCAUCGAGAUUAUGGACGAAAUCCGUAAGAAGGAUGAUGAAGAUUUGGUGCUAUCAUUGCACCAAAAUUUAAGUAGAUGCAAGUUCAUUAUUGUCCUGGAUGAUCUAAAGGUGAUAGUGUUCCUAUUCAUCUUCCUCCGCUUUCUUUUGAUGAGAGUUGCGCUUUCUUUUGAUGAGAGUUGGAUGUUUCUGGAGAAGUUAUUCACUACAAAAUGUUCUGAUGAGGAGUUGUUGCAAACUGGUAGGCUAAUUGCAGAAAGUUGUAAAGGCCUACCUCUAGCACUUGUUGCAAUAGCUAGUCUCCUCAAAAAAAUCAAGAUGAGAGUAGAGAUGCUGAUGGAAAUUGCAGAAGAUUUGAACUCACAUGUUCUUGAAGAUAAAGAAAGCAUGUGCAAAUGCAUCCUCGAGCGGGUCUACAAUCAUAUACCAGUUGAUUUGAAACCAUGUUUUCUUUACUUCGAGGCAUUUGAACCGAGUAAAGAAGUUCCCGUUCAGAAAUUGAUUUGGUUGUGGAUUGCAGAGGGGUUUAUUAUAAGAAAAGUUGAUAAGAAGAGCUUAUUGGAAGACGCUGCUGAGGCUUGUUUGAUGGAUCUUAUCGCUAUACGCUUAGCAAUGGUUGACAGGAGAGGAUCAAUGGGAAGAGUCAAAACUUGCAGAGUGCAUGAUAGUUUCCACAAAGUUUGGGAUAUUGAAAGCAUCAAUGUGGGCAAUUCUUUUCCAAAGGGCAACGAAUUUGUGGAUCAAUUGAGGUAUUUAGCAGUAUGUGGCUUUAUAAAUUCUAUUCCAUCAUCAAUAGCCAAGCACUGGAGAGUGGCAUUGCCAAAUGCUAUUUGGAGCAUGGCAAUGUUGCAACACCUUCAUGUGAACGAUAUAGCCAUUUUCUGCUUGCCAGAAAAAAGAUUUCAAAUACUCCCUGGACUUGAGUUGCAGAUACGUUUGCUCUCUGUGUCUCUAUCUAUCACUAACAUGUCCGGUAACCCAAAUGCAGUGGCUGAAUGCAUUGAGGCUUUGUUGCCUGCCCUAAAGUAUGCAUUGAAGCAGAUAAAGGGGGAUAAGAGAGAGAAGCAUCCUCGCCACGUUCCCCCUGCAGAAGCUGCUCCAUCAGAUACAUGGGAACUAGAUAUAAGUCAGCUUCAAACAAUGUUCAGCAUUCUGGUUGUUCUUGUAAAAAAAGCCCUUUGCGCGCCCAACUGGGCAAAUGACCAGUUGUAA